AUGACCCAACGAACAGCACAAGAAGUCAUCACCCAGCUCAACCUCAUCCCCAACAUCGAAAAAGGCUACUACCUCGAAACCUUCCGCGACACAUCCAACGUCACAAGCACAACCACCACACCCAGCGGCGGCGCAAGCGCCGACGGUUUCUCCCGCUGGCACCGUCUUCUUGACGCCGCCGAGGUGUGGCAUUACUAUGCCGGCGCGCCUCUCACACUCUUCCUUGCCCGUGACGAUGGGUCACCGGUUCGGGAGAUUGUGUUAGGGCCGGAUGUAUUUCAGGGUCAGCGGCCGCAGGUUGUUGUGCCUAUCUCUGCCACAGUCGCGCCGGGGUUUGAACUGAGCGGGUCUGAGAUGGCGGCGGAGGACUGGAUGCCAAAUGCCUGA